UCCAUAAAGGAAUCUUUAUAAUCAAUUUAAAAAUGAAUAUAUUUAUUGCGUUGAUCCUGGCAAUCAUCACUUUGGCUGCGGGGGAGAAAAUUGACGACGUUAGUCUUAUUCAACAAUUGCCAGAGGUGCAUGGCGAUAAAUUCUAUUACUUUGGCUUUGGCAGCAACAUGUUGGCCAAACGAAUUCAUGUCCAAAAUCCAACUGCAGUGAUAAUGGGUCCAGCUUUAUUAAAGGACUACCGCGUGGACUUUGCCACACCUAGUUGGUUCUGGAAGGGGGCGGUUUCUACCAUUGUUCCCGAUCCGAGCAGCGAAACAUGGGGCACCCUUUGGGAGAUCGAUCUAUCUAAUUUGCCGGACAUUGACAAUCAGGAACAAGUCCAUGAUGGCUGGUACAGACCUGAAACCGUACAAGUGGAGUACAAUAACGAAAAGAUCCCAGCACGGCUCUAUGUAAUAGUAGAUGAGCCGGAGGGUAAUGUACAUGAUAUGCCACCAAAUGAGGUGCCCGAAGAUCGACAACCCUCUAAGACCUAUCUCAAAGUUAUGGUCAAGGGUGCCAUCGAAAGCGGAAUUCCCGAGCAUUAUGUAAAAUGGCUAAAAGGAUUUAAGCACAAUAACAAAACUGCCGAGGAGUUGGAGGAUCGUUUUGAGUUGCAAUCUGUGGAGCUAUAAAAAUUCUAACAUAAAAUAUUGCCAUAUAAAAUUAAGCAUAGUUUUGUUUGUACGUUGAAAAGAUAAGAGGAAUUUCGUUAAUUAAAUAAAUUUGAGCAAGAUGUAAGCUGUUGUUGCAGUAGACAUUUCUGUGGUACUGCUCAUAAAUAUAAAUGUAAACAUAUAAACAAAAUUGAUAAGAA